CGGUAACACAGCACCGCCACCGCUGUGACUGAACGACUGGAGAGAGAGAGAGGGGGAGAGAGAGAGAGAGAGAGAGAGAGAGAGAGGGAAGAAGAGAGCCAGAGAGCGGCAAGAGCGGGGAGAAAAGGUCCGGGGACUGGGGGAUGAUUGCCGCAGACGCAGGGGGAAGAGAAGAAAGUCGGAUGAAUCAAUGACCUUUUGAGAUCCUCUGGAUGUCCCGGUGCAGAAACGGACCGGAGAGCUCCUGUUCGGGUGUAUUUUAAUGAGAACUGUGCUUUGAGAUUCAUCGACUGGAAUUGGCUAAGGGCAAGUGUGGACAGCCCGGCAGCCAAGGAGGAAGUGGGAACCCCGGGCUUGGACAGGGCCUGAUUUAUAGAGUAGGCUUUUUAUUAAAAAAAAAAAAAGGAAAGAAAAGAAAGAAAAAGCUACUCUGAUCUUAAGUCGAACCCAACUGAGAGUAACAGGGUUUCUGAAGGAGGCUUGAAAUGUGGAUUUUGACGGAAGUCUGAAAACAAGGGGAUGUAAUUUUUUCUUCCUACAUCGGAGGGCAGUGGAUCAUGAAAAUAUAUCCCCACCCAAUUCUGCGAGGGCUACACACACUGUGCUCCCACUGAAUGCUCACCCGCUCAGGUCAGACCCCCGUAGUCCAGCUAUUUGUAGUGGUCUGUCAUUCAACUGUACACACUUGAAAGUCGCAGCCUUUUUUUUUUUUUUUUUUUUUUUUUUGAAUAUUGACACUUGUGUCAGCCCACCGCUGCCAUCACGUGGAGGGCUCUCAGCACACACUUGAAAUUGUUAACUUCUCAGCUGUAUUGAAAACCACUUCUUUUCUCUCAUUAGAGAAGCCUUGUUUUUUCUUCUAACAAAGUAUUUAUGCACAACAAACAAAAUGGGGAAAGUGCUGGCAAAGAUUUUUGGCAACAAGGAGAUGAGAAUAUUGAUGCUUGGACUUGAUGCUGCUGGUAAAACUACCAUCUUGUACAAGCUGAAGCUGGGACAGUCGGUCACCACCAUCCCCACUGUUGGAUUCAAUGUAGAGACCGUCACCUAUAAGAAUGUGAAGUUCAACGUGUGGGACGUGGGGGGCCAGGACAAGAUCAGGCCACUUUGGAGACAUUACUACACCGGCACCCAGGGCCUCAUUUUCGUGGUGGACUGUGCCGACAGGGACAGGAUCGACGAGGCGAGGCAGGAGCUCCACCGAAUCAUCAACGACCGGGAGAUGAAGGACACCAUCAUCCUGAUCUUCGCCAACAAACAAGACCUCCCAGAUGCCAUGAAACCCCACGAGAUCCAGGAGAAGCUAGGCCUGACCCGGAUCAGAGAUAGGAAUUGGUACGUUCAGCCCUCGUGUGCAACAACAGGGGAUGGACUAUACGAGGGCCUGACCUGGCUUACCUCAAACUACAAAUCCUAAUGUUCCUCCCAUCCAUCACCAGCCUGGAGACUUCAGGGCAAAGAAAGUAGCUGAGAAUGCAAACACGAGUUAAAAAAAAUGCAAUCUGAAGCAAAUAAUACCACAACCUCUCUGCUGAGUAUAUAUGUCAAAGAGAGUAGCAAAUAUAUUUUGUUUUAUUUUUCUUUUUUGAUAAUGAUGACUUCACUAUAACCCCCCUGGAUUUCAUUUAAACAAAAGACAAAUUGUUUUUGGUUUUUUUUGGCUGGCUUUUCUUUUUAGUAGUUUGCUUUGGUUCACCUUCUGUAUAAUCAGUACUGUUUAAAUAUACAAUAAGCUUCAUUUUGAGCUCUUGGUGCAAAUUCUUUUGUUCUCCUCCUUUUUUUCCUUUUGUAUCAUUUCUUUCAGGGGACUUUGGGACACGCUUAGAGUUUUCGCCCCCUUUUUACUUAGCUCUCAUUCAGUAUUCUCAUGACCCAGCUACAUGUCCAAAGGAUGAGAAAGUCCCGAAACCAUCGACCUACAUCAGCAUAUCACUAUCGUGGCUCAAACGGCCUCUGUCAUUUGUAAGAAUGUGUAUAAUGUUUGGACCUCGAGAAAAAAAAAAAGCAACUGUUUUCAUAAUUGAUUGUACCGGGAUGAUUGAGGAAGUGUGAUCGUACCUAUUUCCUGUGCUGUGAUUACAUCCAUCGUGUCUGCUGUGGCGGUUUUAGUUUGAAAGACACUAUGUGGACGCUGGAUAUACACACACACUGUGAUACGGAUAUAUACUUUUGUUGUUUCAGGGUCUGAAUCUGUUUCCACCAGUCUUAUUAUCACCUCUUUUCUUUCUCCCAGAGCUUCCAUUACUGUUGGGUAUUUGUAGUUUCAGCUGCCUUAGGAGGGUCCCAGCUUACAGGUGUCCCAAAAUCAAGACGGUUGUCUACGACAGAAGGUAUGCUGAGCUGCUGAGUUUGCACUUUGGGAUGGAGGAGAAGGAGGGUGGGAGGGGAGAGGGUGGGGGUUACUAACUAGCUGGCUGUGCACAUGUAGAUUUUCUGUGACUGACUUUUGGACCCCAGCAAGUGUUUCAAAAUCCCCAACCCCCCCACCACCUCCAACGUAGGUGCUUCAGUGACUGCUACCUUCCUCUUCUUCUUUUCUUUUUCUUUACCCAUCAUCAUCAUCAUCCACUUGUACACUUUAAGGUCCUGCAGGCACACGCCAACCUUCUGUUCAUAGUUCAUAGAUACUGCUCUGUUUCACUUUUGUUCCCCUUUUUUUGCUAUGCUGAUGAAAUAAUAAAAAAAUAUAUCCAGAUCA